UGGUUUCGGUUCCAAAGUUCUGCUGUGAAGUUUCGUGUGUGCGCGUUUUCCCCAAAACAAAGCAAAAACCCCCCCUCCGCCUUCCUCCGCCGCACACAGCGAUCGGCAAAAAAAAUCUAAGAUAUGAAGAUUAACGUCAAGACUCUUAAGGGAACUCACUUUGAGAUCCAAGUGAAUCUUCACGAUACGGUUGGUGAUGUGAAGAAAAAUAUAGAGGGAGCACAGGGUGCUGCUGUUUACCCUGCUGCACAACAAAUGCUUAUUCAUCAAGGAAAAGUGCUUAAGGAUGAGACUACCUUGGAAGAAAAUCAAGUUGCUGAGAAUAGUUUUAUUGUGAUCAUGUUGUCCAAGAAUAAGGUAUCAUCAAGUGGAGCCUCUGCUGCUUCAGCUGCCCCACCGGCAGUCCAACCUGCAAGUUCUUUGCCUCCUCCUUUGUCAACACCUCAGCCUCUUGCUUCAACUGUCGGACAGGGAGAAUCCAAUCCUGCGCAAGGUCCUGUUGUAACUCCUCCCACUACUGUGGUGCCUGAAUCUAAUCUCAUUGCUGGAAGCACUUUAGAACCAACUAUUCAACAAAUUCUAGAAAUGGGGGGAGGAAGUUGGGAUCGGGACACUGUGAUCCGAGCUCUUCGUGCUGCAUAUAACAAUCCCGAAAGAGCGGUUGAAUAUCUAUAUUCUGGCAUCCCCGAACAAGCUGAAGCUCCAGCAGUUGCUGCAUCCACCAAUGUUGGGCAGGCAGAAAACCCUUCAGCCCAGGCUCCAGCCCAACUAGCUGUGCCUGCUGUUGGGCCCAACACCAACCCACUAAACUUGUUCCCUCAGGGCAUUCCCAAUUUGGGUGCAAAUGAAAAUGCAGGUGACUUGGAAUUCCUGCGAAACAGUCAACAGUUCCAAGCCUUGAGAACAAUGGUGCAAGCAAACCCUCAAAUCUUACAGCCCAUGCUUCAGGAACUAGGAAAACAAAAUCCAAACCUAAUGGAACUCAUCCAAGAGCAUCAAGCUGACUUCUUACGUCUUAUAAAUGAGCCUGGAGGCGAAGAGAACCUAGAGGGACAGUUAGGUGCUUUGGCUCCUCAGACCAUUACUAUCACCCCAGAAGAGAACGAGGCCAUUCAACGGCUUGAGGAUAUGGGGUUCGACCGAGAUCUUGUGUUGGAGGUGUUCUUUGCGUGCAAUAAAAACGAGGAUCUGGCAGCCAACUACCUAUUGGAUCACCAAAAUGAGUUUGAUGAUUAGUCAAAGUUCUAGAUUUUAACAGUGGGAGUGGUAUUUCCGCGUCUAUCAUUUUUCUAUUCUAGUUCUUGUGUCAAUUGUUUGUGUCCUAAACUCUUUGGAGAAGUGAUCUUUAUUAUUUUUGUUGUUUUCGGGAACCAUAGUAUCUGUAAAUCACCAUUGAUUAGAAAUUAGAAUUGUGUUGGGAUAGACCAUAGAUUUAUUUACGGUUAUUCUUGAAUUGUAUAUUUCAGUGCGUGGUAUUGUCUUA